UAGGGCAUGGACUCCUGGUAUCCAGGAAGUCAAGCUGUAGGAAGCGAGCAGAAAAACUAAAGGUAAAAAUAGGUGUUCUGUUUUUGCUGCUUAACUAGCUAGGCACACACCGGGAACAUGGAGUGGAAAGAACAAAACCAGGAAUGCCGCCAUCAUGGGCGUGGGUGUGGGCACGGGCAUGGAGACAGACAUGGUCAUGGGAAUGGACAUGGGCUUCGACAUGGAUUCCGUGAACAUCCUGAACAUAUGGAUGAACCUACAAAUGACCCCACACAACAGCCCAAAAGCCUUUCAUUCAUAGACGACCAAAGCAACUGGGACAUUGUACAAGCUACACAGUAUGGGGCCCUGGAAAGGUGUAAGGCGCUUGUGGAAGCAGGUUAUGAUGUCCGACAGCCGGACAAAGAAAACGUUUCUCUCCUUCACUGGGCAGCUAUCAACAACAGAGUGGACCUGGUCAAGUAUUACAUUUCUAAAGGUGCAAUAAUAGACCAGCUGGGUGGAGAUUUAAAUUCAACUCCUCUUCACUGGGCUGUAAGACAGGGUCAUUUAUCCACGGUGGUCGUGCUGUUGAAAUACAGAGCAGACCUUGCACUGGUAGAUGGAGAAGGGUUUAGCAGUAUUCACCUAGCAGUCCUGUUCCAGCACAUGCCCAUUAUAGCUUAUCUUCUUGCAAAAGGGCAGGAUGUAGAUAUGCCAGAUUUAAACGGACAGACACCUUUGAUGUUAGCAGCUCAGAAAAUCAUUGGACCUGAACCUGCUCACAUUCUCCUUAAGUUUAAUGCUUCAGUCAGUGCUGUGGACAAGGUACAUAAAAACACCCCUCUGCACUGGGCAGUGAUGUCAGGCAAUGACAAUGCAGCUCAUUUUCUAUUGGAAGCAGGAGCUGAUGUGGAAGCCCAGAAUGCGAAGGGAGAGACUCCUCUUCAUCUUGCUCAUCAGGUUAGGAACCCCCUACUGAUUCACAUGCUAACACAAGUGAAACAUGAGAGAAGUAACGCCAACAUGAUGUUUUUCAGGAGAUUGCAAAGAUACAAGUUCCAUUUGGUCUUGCUGUUUUGCAUAUGUGUGCUGUGGGCAGUAGGAUUCAUAGCUGACAUGAAUUCAGAAUCAUGGUUACUUAAAGGAACACUCUUUGCCUGUAUGUAUGCGGUAAUUCAUCUUGUUACAAGGCGCUUCAUGGGAUCUCAGGUCCAGACCUUCUUGCCUGCAGCUCUUCUUCUGGCCUCGCUGUUUUUGAUUUUUGUGACCUGGUUCGUUUUGUUCCUGCCAGAUCUGUCUGAGCCAAUUUUCCAGAUCCCCUUUACUGUCAAUCUUACAGGGCUCCUGUAUUUCUAUUACAAAAGCUGGAGAACAGACCCUGGGUACAUCAGAGCCACAGAAGAAGAUAAGAAAGAGAACGUUAUCACUCUUGCAGAGGCAGGCUGCCUAGAACUGGGGCUCUUUUGCAGCUCAUGUCUUGUGCGCAGGCCUAUGCGAUCAAUGCAUUGUUUUGCAUGUGAUAGCUGUGUAGCAAGACAUGACCAUCACUCUCUGUGGACUAAUGGUUGUAUAGGUACUGGAAAUCAUCGCUAUUUUUUGGGAUUUGUGUUUUUCCUCUCCCUUGUUGGAGGGUGGAUGUUCUAUGGGACCAUUGUGUAUUGGUCAUCUCACUGCCCUACUAACUAUCAGGAGGAUGGCGUGUGGGGAUUUGCGAUUCAGAUUGUUUCCUGUUCUCCCUGGGUGAUGUUCAUAUUCACUGUAGUUUUAAUCCACACCUCAUGGUCUUCUCUCCUGCUAUUAACACAGCUGUAUCACAUUGCGUUCUUGGGUUUGACUGUAACUGAAAGAUUAAAUAUUUUGAAGCGUAUAAAAAGAUCCAGGCAUGCAAUUUCAAUAAAGCAAAACCCAUACAAUUUGGGUUGUUUCAAGAACAUUGUGAAUUUCUUCCAGUUGAGGUGCUUUGGCCUGUUUAAACCAAACAUCGUCGACUGGACUCAGCAGUACAAUAUAUCUGUUCUCUCACAACAGCCAGUGCCUGGUGACUUGCAAGCAGUGUAAAAGGUGUAUUGGUUUGGUAAAUGAUUGUUAUUUAAAAUCAAGACAUUAUAGCAGUCAAAAUUGCAUUGGUAAAUAUUUUUGCAUUUUUUUUUUUAAUAUUGUCAAUGAAUGUUCACUUGCGAUGAUUUAACACAACUCCGAAUGAUUCCCUGAAUAUGUUUCCUGCUUUUGUAUGAUUAUUGAAACUGCUCUUGAUCACUAAGGUUGAAAGUUAAAUCGUUUGCAUGUUCAAUACACAUUUUAUAUUUGAUGAGAUUUUUUAAAAAUUAAGACAUUAAAACCUUUGAAUAGUU